CUCCUCGCCUCUCCCCAGCUCGCCCCGUCUCGCACUGACGCCGUCAGCGCCGCGUCAUCGCGCUCUGCCCGCUUCCAAGAUGGCGGCGGCGGCGGCGGCAGCGGGCGGCCUCCGGCGGGCGGGCUGGCGGCUGUGGCGGGGACGAGCGGUGGUCAGGUGCCAACUCUCCCCACCUCACCGUGCUCUCCAGGCCUCGGCCGUGCUGAGGAGAGUCUCUGAUGAGCAGAAGGAGCCAUUGGCAUCUUCCUCUCAGCAGCAGUUUGAUUCGCAUCCAACCAAUCACCAGCCUGAACAGGAACCUCAGGGCCCUCGCCCCAGUUACACUGGCCAGGGCGGCCAGGAGUCUGAGGACUAUGAGAGCGAGGAGCAGCUGCAGCAUCGAAUCCUCACAGCAGCGCUGGAGUUUGUGCCUGAACAUGGCUGGACUGCAGAAGCCAUUGCAGAGGGAGCCAAGACCCUGGGUCUCUCUGCUGCUGCUGCAGGGAUGUUUCACAGUGACGGCAGCGAACUGAUCCUGCACUUUGUGUCUCAGUGCAACACCAAGCUGUCUGAGGUGCUGGAGCAGGAACAAAAACUAGUGCAGCUGGGCGAAGCAGAGAAGAAGCCUACAGAUCAAUUCCUGAGAGAUGCUGUGCAAGCCAGACUGAGGAUGCUGAUUCCGUAUAUUGAGAAAUGGCCUCAGGCUCUGAGCAUCCUGCUGCUCCCGCAUAACAUCCCUUCCAGCCUCAACCUCCUCACCAGCAUGAUCGAUGAUAUAUGGCACUAUGCUGGAGACCAGUCCACAGACUUUAACUGGUACACUCGUCGGGCUGUGCUCACUGGCAUCUACAACACCACCGAGCUGGUGAUGAUGCAGGAUUCAUCCCCUGACUUCGAGGACACUUGGCGCUUCCUGGAAAACAGAGUAGCUGAUGCCAUGAACAUGGGCAAUACAGCUAAUCAGGUACAGUCAACGGGAGAAGCAGUUGUCCAGGGCCUGAUGGGAGCUGCAGUUACGUCCCUGCACUGGAAAUCUUGACGGAAGGCCUGUGGACAUGUGGGAAGUGGCACUUGUCCCUGAGUCACAGCGGGGUGACUUCCUCAGGCUGUUUCAGUUGACUGCAGUGUGCUUCCAAGAAUUCACUCACUUCUUGGUGGCAUCCUGGACUGCUUUGUGUCCGCGCACGGGGAGCUGCACAUCCUCUGGGAUAGGAAACAGUCCUUUGUGUACCCAGGAAUUCAAGGGCAUCAGGGCCUCCCUGUGAUUCUAUUUUUGUACAACUCCUGUUGCACUUAUCAGCGAAGUGAUUUCCUUGUUGUCAGAAAUACAUUUUCUGUGUGCUUACCAGUACAAGACAAACAGGCUGGAACAUAAAUUAGAAAUCCAUUUUUACUGUAUGAAGCAGU